AUGACUGUUCAGGAAUUCAUGGCCUCCGGUGCUGGUUAUGUACUCAGCAAAAAUGCUCUAAUGAAAUUCAUCAACGAAGCUUAUGAUAACAGUGAAAUUUGCAAUGAAUUGGAGGCGGAUGAAAACAUGGCCCUAAGUAAUUGUCUAAGAAAUAUCAACGUUACAUUUGGGGAUACCAGAGAUGAAAAACACAUGGAACGUUUUAUAGCUGUAUCGCCCUCACACGUUAUUCCCGAUUUCAAAAUGGAUUGGUAUGGUACUGAAAUUUACCAUUCUGUCAAUGAGAAUGUUAGUUGUUGUUCUCCCCAUGCAAUCUCGUUUCAUUAUAUAAAUUGGCGGGAAUUGUAUACAUUGGAUUAUUUAUUAUAUACAUUAAAACCUUUUGGUUUGUUUUCUAAUAUAACUUGGACAUUGCCAAAAAGGUAUACAAGUGAAGAUCACAAAGCUCAUGCGGAAAUGAAUGAAGUACUUACUACAUAA